UGAUGAGCUUGGGCCUCCCCCGAAUGGAACUUUGUUAAGACGAAGCUCACAGUGGGAGGAGGCGAGUCGCGCGGCUUCUGAUUGGAGACCCGCGCCGUAGGAGUCUUUCCACCGAGAUCCAAUUUAGGCGAUCUGGUGGGAGGGAGGGCUGUCAGUAUGUGGAGUAAUUCUUCUGGAGCCCUUGUUUGGCGGGGCGAGGAUCACCGAGGAAUCUAGCGGAAACGGAACCUCCCAGGACCGGGAUCCCAGCGGAUCCCUGAGAACCCCGGGGAGGCUUCUACAGGGACAAAGGUCCCAGAAGGCUCGAGCCUUGGGAGAGCUGUGACCUCUACAAUCCAGUCUAGGCAGGUGCCAGGCAGGGUCCGAGUGGUCAAGGCGGCUGCAGCGGGAGGACCCGGCUCCGAGCUGCCAGCUGGGGGCGCCCUUUCGAGAAAAGGCCCGUGGCCUACCGGGAGCCGCAGGCGGACCAUGAAGGGCGGAGUCCCGGGGGAGGAGCUGGCCCUCACUCCCUACUCCCCUGUUCCCCCUUUACCCCAGGCCGGAGCCUGGGAUCCCCCAGGGACUCCCUGGAACCACCGCUUUCCCCAUGGACUUCCCUGGGGACUCCAGCCCUUCUAGACAGUCAAACCUGUGCCGCCAGCCCCUAGCUCGAGCAUUAUGGGAAGCCAGGAGCCCAAAAAGACCGAGGCUGCAGCACUUGGGGACUCCUUCGCCCCUGGAAAAGGCCUCUCGGAGGGUCCUGGCCGUGGUGCUGGAAGAUGUCAUGGCUACAAACAGGGUCCCCCUGGCAUACCAAGAGGACACCUCUAGCCGGAUGCACCACAACAGUCAUCCAGAUUCUGUCUGCAGACAGUCACCAGCUUUACCACCCCAGCAGGUCAAGUGGCCCUUACAAGCCAGGCCUCCUGACCCACUGCAUUUGUGCCGAGAACCUUUAAGCCGCAUCCACCAGUCCUCUCCCACCUUGAGGAUGAGCUCACGGGCAGCCUCUGGCCCAGAAGAGAGCCCUUCACAGAAGGUGGACCAGGUCACCCAGCCCACCCUAGUGGUGGUACUGGAAGACAUUGCUAACUCCAGACAACCAGUUGAGGGUUUGGCUGAAGAUGGGCCCAGCUUCAUUGUCCCAGCACAAAGCUCCUUCAGAAGUCUUAAGGGCCAGGGGAAACACUGGCCUAGGAGGGACCUGGACUUGGAAGCACCCCCAACUCUUACUUUGUCCCCUCACCCCAGAGCUGAGCCUAUGACAAAAGUUCAUCAGCCAAUGCCUGCGCCCAGAGAACUAGACCCUCCAUUCCAGCCGUCCACUCUGCCUGCGGACCCUCCAGAGAGCCCACUACCAGCCCCAGAUCCUGCUCUGGAGGCCCCAUUGACCCCACCACCGUCCAGCCUUUUACGCCCCCGUCUCAGUCCCUGGGGCUUGGCCCCUCUCUUCCGUUCCGUCCGAUCCAAGCUUGAGAGCUUCGCUGACAUCUUCCUCACGCCUAACAAAGCACCACAGCCUCCACCCCCAUCACCUCCCAUGAAAUUGGAGUUGAAGAUUGCUAUCUCAGAGGCUGAGCAGUCCAGGGCUACUGAGAGAAUUGCAUCUGUCAGCCCCCGGCCCCCUAUCCGUCAGUGGCGGACUCAGGACAGUGCCCCACCACCUGUCCCUAAAUUAUCUCUGGGCCGAAGCUACUCCUGCCCUGAUCUGGGGCCCCCUGGCCCAGGUAGCUGUACCUGGCCUCCUGUUCCAUCCCAGCCAAGCCAGUCCAGGCCCCGGAGACAUACUGUGGGUUGUGGGGAGAUGACCCGGACCCCACCGCCUCCUCGGCCCUGUCUCCGGAAAGAGGUCUUCCCUCUUGGAGGAGUGGGAGUCUCACCUUCUCUCACUACAUCUUCCUCAUCCACUGCAUCCACUUCCUUCUUCUGCGAACCAGCAGAACCCAGAUUGGGUUCAACCAAGGGGAAGGAGUUAAAAGCCUCAAAGGACAAGGUGCUUUCUGACCCAGAGACCAAGACCACGGGAAAGGUUUCUGGAUUCAGAAUACGGAGGACGCCUGUCCGACUACAACCAAACCUUACACCAAUGGGGCUGCCUCGACCAGUCAGAUUGAACAAGAAGGAGUUUACUUUGGAAGAAAUUUAUACCAAUAAGAAUUAUCAAUCACCAACAGCCAGAAGUUCUAGGAAACUCCGACGGGCUGUAGAAUUUCGGGACAGUAGCCUUCCUCGAUCCCGUCGACCAUCACGAGGGGCCCGCACUGCAGCUGGCAGAACCCUUACUCCUAACCUGGCACCCAGCCAGGACGUGGGACAUCUGCUGCAAGAACGGCUGAAGGAGCUAGAUGCCUUGCUCCUAGAGGAGGAGAGAGACUGAGAGCAGCCCUGUCAGUUCUAGGAGCUCUCACUGUUUGUCCAUCCGUCCUUCAGGGAGGGGGGAAAUCUCUGGGUCGAUUGUAUUUUUUUUCUCUAUAUU